UCGCUCAGACAGCAACCAUGGCUCGCUGCAGGAGCUACUUGCGAGGACUUGCUAUCUGUGUCACUGUGUUGCUACUGGUGUCUGGGUUUGUGAUGAUUGGUGCUGCUUUUUCCUCCAUUGAUGAUAUACCUGUUGCAGAGUUAUUUGACCAGCUGUCCAUUAGUAAUGGCUUACUGGUCCUGCAGGUGUUUGGUCCACUCACAAUGGUUUUGUCUGUUCUGGGCAUAUCUGCUGCCUCUUUGGACUACAAAUCUUUGCUGUUGGUGUUUUCUGCUCUGACAUUUGUGGAGUUUGUGGCACUAAUGAUCGUUGCCUCACCCCUGGUUCAGGUUCAAGCUCAGAUGGACUUUGCCGUGGAUGAAUUGUUUCUCAAUGUAACACCCCUACACAAUGCAGCAGCUGACAUCCAGAAAGAAUUAAAUAAGCUUCAGACGUCGGACUCCUGUUGUGGUUUGAGGAAAUUUGAAGACUGGGAUAAUCAGCUUCCUGUUUCCUGUAUCUGCACACCUCCUACAACCACCUAUACCAGGGAGUCAAGAUUUCAGCCUGGUAAUUCCAGCUCAUAUGAGCCUUGCGUGAUGGUGGGCAGUAAUUCCAGAGUGCAGUUUGUGCACUCCAAGCCCUGUGGUCCCAUCCUAAAGAGCUACCUGAGUUUCCCAGUCAAGCUCAGGAUAGGAAUCAUUUCAGCUUUCGCCACCAUUGCAAUAACAGCCAUUGCUCUGUGUCUGGCUUUGGCUCUGGAGAAAUACUGGAAGAAGCCUCCAGUUGAAACUACAGUCGAUGACUACAACAGAGUGAAAUACCAACCUAAACCCUCCCUCACCUGACCUCUGACCCCCUUUCACCCAAAAUUAAGACAACAAUACCAAUGCACUUCCACUCUCUGGACUUCUGGUGCUGAUGAGAUGGUCCAGAAUGAACAAAUGGAGCUGUUGCCUGAAAAUGCUAAUUUUAUCGUGUAAAAAAAUUCCUUCUUGAAAUGUUCAUCUUGUGUUUGAUGG